GUAGGUACUAGCUGACAUGUACAGGUAAUGUAGCUACUAAGGUGUGAUGGAGGAGGAUUGGAGGUAAGGUACAUACCACCUGAGAGAUGAAGAUCGAUCGUCUUCUCGGGAGGCCCACACCAGAAUAGAUCAUUUCCGAACCUCACCGCCUCCCGUCCUCCCGUCCUCCCGUCCCGUCUGUCCACCACCACGAGAAGUUCGAGAACUUAGGUACAUUACCCGACCCUAACCUCUCACCUCACCCUACCUCACCCUGCCUUGCCUUGCCUUGCCUUGCCUUGCCUUGCCUCGCCUUGCCUUGCCUUGCCUUACCUUCUACUCAUAUAACUCAUCCACCUCUCCAUGCACCGCGGUCCCUGCGUAUCGUACAGUAGUUCUGACAUCCACGUCGUAGGUGUGGGUGUGGGUGUAUGGGUGUGUGCGUUGCGGUAGCUGUAGCUGUAGCUGUAGCUGUCCCAAGUCCCAUCACAAUGGUCACGCAACCUCUACCACCACACUCACUCACAGGCUCUCCUCUUUCCUGCACCCCCAGAUAAUCAUGGUGCUGGUAGUGGUUCUGGUAAUCUGCACGAGCACAGCUCCAUCAUGGUGGGCUACCACGAGCUGCAAGCGUUGCCAGCGAAGCAUUGCAUAAGGGCGAUGCCCAGUCGGCACCAGAGAACCUCAUGAACCCGACCACUAACGAUCGGCCGUCAUUCACUAAUGUGAUCUUGUCAGUGAAGCUCCGAGAUGAUCACAAAUAGCUGGUGGACCCCAGCUGCCUCGCGAGUCCCCUGUUCACUGCUGCUUCUAUUGCUUCUACUGCUUCGUCUGCUUCUGAUUCCUCCACUGCUUCCACUGCCUCCACCGCCUUUGAAAUUGAUCCAGCCGACGUUCCUCUGCGCUCCUUGGCAUCCGCCGACAUGGCUCUGCAGCUCGAGGACCAUGCCAAGCGCAAUGCCGGCGACCAGACUCCGCCGUCACGUCCAGACUCGGCCAUUGAUGUUCACGACGACUAUGUCCUGACACGAGAUGCCGCGGCUUCUGCGCGCCUCAAUCUCUCACAUUACAUCUGGCAGUCCUCUUACGGCUACAACUUACACCCGCGGAUUCAAGAUGCGAUUCGAGGCAAAGAAAACCUGCACAUAGCAGACAUCGGAACAGGCACCGGGAUAUGGCUGCUCGACCUAGCCCAACAGUUGCCGGCGUCCACUCGGCUCGACGCCAUCGACAUCUCCUUUGGCCAGCUGCCACCCCGAGAAUGGCUUCCCAAGAACGUCACACUCCGUCUCGCUGAUGUGUUCCGUCCACCUACCGACGAUCUGGUCGAGAAGUACGACGUGAUUCACAUCCGACACUUUGUGUGCGUGGUGAAAGAGAACGACCCGACCCCACUGCUGAAGAAUCUGCUUCGCAUGCUGAAACCGGGAGGAUGGCUGCAGUGGGACGAGUGGGAUGUCCUCAAUCGACACUUUGUCAAGGCCUCGCCUUCUCAUUCCCACUCGAGCAUCGAUAAACUCGAAGAGGAGUUUGCCAAUAUGAGACGCUACACCCCUCGACCGGAAUGGACGGCCCGCUUGGACGACUACUUUUUGAUGCAGAAUGUGCAGCAGGUGGCGCUGGAAAAGAGACUGUCCAGCAUUGGACAUGUGUCUUUCAUGCACGAUCUAUCGCUGCUGGUGUUCCAAGAACUGAUCGAUGGCGCCGAGCUGAAGGGCUUGAUUGACGAGGAGAAGGUAUUGUAUUUGAGGAGACUGCUGGGAGGCGCCACGCGAGAGAGUCGAAUGGGCGCGGCGUGGAACUUGACGAGGUGUAUGGCGGUUGGGCAAAAGGCCCGGAGUGAGAGUAUGGGUGCAUUCCUGCUGUGAAGGGCGAGUGCGACAUGAAGUCGGGGUGGUGAGCGUCAUGCGGGUGGUAAGGCUGCGACUGGAAGUGUGUGGCCUUGCGAGAUUGUUCCUCGAAGCACGCAACGGAUGGUGAUCUACUAAGCAACGAAGAAACGAUUGGACCGUACCAGCUUGUAUUGAUUAUGUCAUGCAUCUUUACCUCAUCUCCGCAUCUGGCUUAAGGUUCUUCCAGCCGGCGACAAGGCAUGACGUAGAAUCUCGCCAUCGUGUCAGAUCUUUAGAUCCUCGGUCUUACAUCUUUGUAGUUUCGAUUAGAAAUGCGACAGUACGUACUACAUGUACCUACCUAGUAGUCAUCAAGCUUGAUCAGCACCUAGUAGAGAGAGAUAUAUAUAUAUGCUCGAGCCUUCGUU